GCUUUACAAGAAAAACCAUAUCUUGGCUUUGUUUUAGCUUUUCUGUCUCAGCCUCUGGGAGAAAGGAGCUUGAAGGGGAAGGCGAGAGAGAUGGGUUUCUUCAGUCUCAGACCAAGACUCUUGUCUUCAACGGCGUUGCUCUGUUUCAGUUUCCUCUUUCUUUCUUCUCUGACGGCCGCCGAUGAGAAUCUGACUGCGUAUGAGAUCCUUCAAUCCUACGAUUUCCCGGUGGGUCUCCUCCACACGGGGGUGUCAGGUUACGAUUUCGAUACUAGUACCGGAAAAUUCGCUGUUUAUCUGAAUGAAACAUGUAGCUUCAAUAUUCAGAACUCCUACGAACUCAAUUACAGAUCCACCAUUAAGGGCUAUAUCACAAAGGGCAAGAUCUCGCAGCUUCAGGGUAUUAGUGUGAAGGUGUUCUUGUUCUGGGUCAAUAUCAUCGAGGUUACUCGGAUCGGUGAUCAGCUUGAAUUCUCUGUGGGUAUUACUUCUGCUGAUUUCCCUGUUGCAAACUUCGACGAGUGUCCCCAGUGUGGAUGUGGUUUCGAUUGCAAGAAGGGGCAAUUGGACCAGUUUGGUUCUUUAUUCAAGGAAUGAAUUGGCGAGGUCCGUGUAUAAGGAUAAGAUUCGCAGGUUAGAUCAUAGCAUCGAGCUCUGUUCUUAGUGGGGGUGGGUUGCAAGAUUCAUUUUCUGGAUAUUGUUGAAUUAUUCUAUUCUUCAAAUACAUGCCCUACUGAAAGUUCUGAUGCCCA